AUGAAUGCUCAAAAUAAACCUCAAAUCAUUGAACACAUAAACCACCCCCUCGAUGACACCGUCUACGAUGUGAAAUGGGUACACGACAAGUCCGACAUUCUCGCUGUCGGGGAAAAACUAAAUAAAAAGGGGUACAUAAAUGUGUAUAAUCUGAACAAGGGAAAGUUCACCUGCAUUUCUAACCACGAAACGGACACAGGGAUAAAGAGCAUUAGCCCCUUUUUCUCCUACUCCGGGGGGUACACCAUUGCCUGCGGUACGUUCGACGGAAAAAUACUUCUUUACGAUAUUAAUCGAAUGUCCACCCCGUACUACACCAUACAUAAGCACACAAAACUCAUAAACAAAGUAGAGUGUAAAAACUACAAAAACAAUAAUUUAGUUGUCAGUGCGAGUAGGGAUGGGUCUGUCAAAAUAUUCGACAUAAGAACGGAUAAUGAAGUUGUUAGUUUAGAACCACCCAAAGACUCGGCUUACAUCCCCGACUGUUGGUGUGUCGCUACAGGAAACAACUACAUACAAGUAAAAUCUCCCUCUGGAGGAGGCGAAGAAAAUCUGAAUUUAUGUGCAGGAUAUGACAAUGGGGACAUCAAAUUUUUCGACUUAAAAAUGAUGACAGUGGAACAUGAAGUCAACGUCAAUAAUGGCGUUUGCGCAGUGAGCUACGACAGGAAAGACACAAAAAAGAACAAGUUAAUUUGCUCCACCUUGGAGGGAAAUAUUUACAUCUUCAACAUGGAUGUGUACAGCGAAGAUUUGGGAUAUGCCUACAGCAAGGACCAGAUUGUUUCAGGAACAUGUUGGGGAACCCCCUUUCUGCCGCAAAAUCGGGACAUUUUUGCUUCCUUGGGAGGUGACGGAAAUCUUGUCCUAUACAAAUAUGCGAACCCUGAGAAAAAUUACAUCUUCGACGAAACCAAGGGGUGCAAAAGGGGCGUUGUGGGCGAACUCGAAAAAUUAAAUUCCCUCAAAGUGUCCACUCAACCCAUAAUUUCUUUCGACUGGAACAUCAACAAGUUGGGACUCUGCGCCUUCGCGUCGUUGGAUCAAACAAUUAGGGUUUACAUAAUAACGAAGCUAAAUUUGUGUUAAUUUUGCAGCGCAAUUGAAAAUUAAGGGGAGAAAAAAAGGAAAAAUUAAAAAAAAGAGAAAGGGAAAAGAAGAACGAAAAGGGGGAAGAAAAAAAAUAGUUAACAAAAUUGUUCAAAGUGGGGGGGAUAAAUGGAGACAUUCAAAAAUUUACGGAUGGGGAGCGAGGCUCACGCAUUUUCCUUAUUGGGACCAUGUGGAUCACUCGGAUCAUUUUGACGAAUUCGCCGAGCUAACCAACAUGGUCGCUUUUAUGCCAUUGAUGAAGGAGUUAAUUUUAACGUAUGAGGUAACGCAUAUGUGG